AUGUCGGUCACUGAUUCCGCCGCAAAUUUCCGUGCGAGGGCCAUCGCGCUGGGGCUUGAUGAGGCCGUUCUGCAGAAGAUCGUCGACGGGGGUAUUGACACAUUGGCCAAGUUUGCCUUUUCGUCUUCAUACACCCCGGGCGCUCAGGAUGAGAAGCCUUUUCUUGAUUCCAUCGCAACUCUUCUGGGUAGGGAUGGUAGCGUGGGAGAAUUGUCAGUACUUCGACGCUUAUUCCAUGAAUCCUACUCGCUCACCUCUGCUGAGUUGAAGCAGUCAGUGGAACGUGUCGAGGACGGGCCUGUCAAGAGAUUGGCUCAGCCAGACAGGGCCGACCGGUUGGCCAAGCAACAGAAACGCUUACCUGGGAUAAGCAUCCGAGGUCCUCUUGAGCCAUCUGAUCGACUCGUGGAUCGUUGCGUGGCGAUCUAUGAGGAAAACCGGCUUGUCUACGUUGAGCUUUCAGCCUGCACCUCUAAGGAAGAUGAAAUUAAGCAAGCCACGCUCAAGGAGGACAGGCAUCUUGUCGUAGAAAGCGGGGGAAAUGUUCGACUCAAAGGCCUGGUGAACAACAAGAUGGAUGCAGACAUUUCCUCUGAUUUGCUCAUGCGGUAUGCUCUUACUAGGCGUGGCCUAGCGAUGGAGCAAGCGGGAAUCAUCUCAUAUACACUGCAUGACGCAUGGACCGAGCAACUGCUCGCGUGCCGUUUCCGAGAACCCCCGACAGGGUACAGCCGCGUUUCCUUGCAACAGGUCAUUCAUGCUGACAGGCAAUUCUUCAUCAAACUUGCCGAGCUCACCCGGGAAGGAAUACAGCUUCAGGCGAAGGGUAGACCAUGUGAUUUGCACUUCGAGACAGCUCGCAAUCACCCGGAUGUGGCGCACCUAAUGCAACCCCUUCUUGCAGCGGUGCCUAGACCAGACCCCACAUGGACGCCCCGAAAAGGCGACGGCAAGAACGGCAAGGGAGGUAAAGGUCAGAAGGGCGGUAAAGGGAAGCGGGACACCACUGCCAUCACUGCUGCGAUGCCUAAGGAGAUUGCUGAUGGGGGGUUAUCUUUCACGCCUAAAGGGUACGCAAUCUGUUGGGAUUAUAAUCUCAAUAGAUGCAAGCGCAGAGUCGGAGCCGAUACAGGUAUGAGCGUUGAUGCAGCCGGCGGUGCUUCCGCCGAAAUCCUUUCACAACAGUUGCUUGAGGCUGACAGGUUGCCCACUCCAGAGGAGAUUGAAGAGCUCGUUAGCCUCUUGCCGCAUGGCGAGUUGACCGGCGAACGCCGGAGCAACGCGACUGCAUUGCAUGCAGAUAGCCAGAAUGCCUUCAUCCCAAACUUGGUCGUUCCACUAAACAGGUUUUCUGGUGGUGGGAUUUGGGUGGAAUCCGAUGUUGGCAAAGAGCGUUUGACAGUCGAUGGCCAAGAGCUGCUGGGUCGGCGAAUGGUCCUUAUCGGAUACUCUGUACAAGGCGGUGAGAUGCUUCAAGACUCGGAUAAGGUUGAGCUGAAAGCCUUGGGGUUCGCACUUCCAUCGCAGUACCCCGCCACCGGCAACCAGGUGGCUGAGCAAGCGUGUUUUGCGGACUUCAGGAAUGGGACCAGCAGCCCGCCACUUCUUGAGCAAAGGCCGGCAUAUGAUCCACAGCACAUCGGCGAUCCGUCGAGGAGUCCAGUGCAAGGGAAGUUCUUGAAACCUACCCAGUUCUUUAUGUCCACGCUGAGCCGCCUUAUGCCACGUUUGGGCCACAGCAGGUAUUCCUUGGACCUUGGAACACCCAAAGGUGGAGUCGUCACACACCCUCCCGAAUUCUGCAAACAUGUCGUCCAAGCAAUUGCGCGGCACCAUGGACUUGCUUGCCCCGACGUGGCUUUGUCAUCCACGCCAGCUGGUGUUGCCCAGCAAAAGAGAGGCAAACCUGAAGCUUCGCUACUGCCUGAGUUCGGCAAGGUCUUGCAGGUAGAUGUCGAUCAAGUUCCGCCAGUGAACCACAAGCAGUGCCUCACUCGCCCGUUGGGCGAGGUGCCAGCAGGAUCCAAGCUCAUCGCCACGUCUCUUCUCAGGGGUGAUGCGGGUGGCGAUGCGGGUAACGAGGGUAAGAAAUUUCGCCUUUCUUUAGGAGUUUUUGCCACGCCAGAUGAGUUCGUUGAUGCGGCCAAGGACUUGCUACAUCCUUUUGCUGCUUCGGCUGUUCUGUCGCCUAUCGUGAAAAGGCGUUUGUUUGAGGCCUUGACCAAAGGUCCUGAAUGGGUUCAGCGACAACGGUGCUCCAAAUUGAAAUUGUGGCUUAGCUGGGCCAAAGAACUGCAAGUUGCCGAAGGAGAAAUGAAAGGUAAGCUAGAUCCUGACAUUGGCCGCGUGCUUCGAGGCAAGCGCUUGUUGCUUCUUAAGCGUAUUGCUGAUGAUAUGGACUGGCCCGACAAGGAUUGGUUGGGUGAGCUCUUGGAAGGGUUUGACUUAGUCGGUAGUCAGAAGCACACCGGGGUCUUCAAGCGAGAGUUGCGACCACAAGCAAGAACUAAGGCGGACUUUCUUGAUGCUAGCAAGUUCUUGCGACCGGCACUUCUGGGCAAGGUCGCCUCUGAGGGUCUGAACGAGCAUUCUCAGGAACUCUGGGACAAGACCUUGGAAGAGGUGACGGACGACCUUCUUGAAGGACCUCUGACGCAGGAGGAGGUUCAUGCCAGACAUGGUGACCAUUGGGUCCCGGUUAGGAGGUUCCCGGUGGUACAAUCUUCAGCGGGCAAGAGGAAGCUUCGACCGAUUGAUGAUUUUUCGGAGAAUCUAGUCAACGGUUCUUUUUCGUAUGCCGAUAAGAUUGACUUGCGUGCCCUUGACGAAAUCAUUGCCAUCUGCCGAUGCUGGACCCAGGCAUGCACUUCAGAACAUCAGUUCUUUUUCGCGAUGCCUGAAGGGCCACCGUUGGUGGGCCGUGUCCACCCUCUGUGGGUCAGCGGGGCUUGGGAGCCUUUGCUUACAACGUUCGAUUUGAAGAAUGCUUAUCGGCUUAUCGUCAAUUCCCAUUGUCACCAGGCAGCCGUGCUCAUGCGAUCAUUGCACUGUUGGAUUCAGUUCUCAGACUCGCAAAUCAUGGGACGUACCGGCAAACUAGCUUUGGCCGAGUUGCGAGCCUCAUCGGCCAGGCAUGCUGACAAGUUCCGUCUUGGAGAGCAGGAGGUUAGGGCCUUUGAUUUCUUGGUCAGUCGACUGUCCUUUGGUGCUCCUAGGGUUGUACCCUGCUCGGUUCCUCCGAAACCGAUUCUUGUCUUUACCGAUGGCGCCAGCGAAGGAUCUAUCCACACAGUGGGGGGAAUCAUGUUUGACCCGCGAGAACAACAACCGAAGUACUUUGCUUGCCAUGUGUGCGACAGUGUCGUCUCGACCUGGUCCCGGGACCUUCAGCACAUCAUAGGUCCAGUCGAGGCCUACGCUGUGCUCACAGCGAGAAAGGUCUUUCAUCAGUCUCUGUCGGGACAAUAUUGCGUGUACUUCAUUGAUAACGACGGGGUACUGCUUAGCUACAUCAAGGGUACGUCUUCUAGCAAACCUAUGCGAGACAUUUUGCUGAUGUGGGAGUCCCUGGAGAUGCAUGCUCACACGUGGGCGUGGUGGGCUCGUGUGCCAUCCGCAUCCAACCCAGCCGAUGCGCCGUCAAGAGGCGAGCUGGAUGAGCUUGUCAAAGCUGGGGCAUUGCGUGUGGAUUGUGAUUGCCCGCUUACCGGUACAAGACUUGUCGACUUGUAA